AUGGGCAACGACAGUAAGUUCGAAUACGAAGCCCUCCCUAUUCCCUCCUACGAAGAGGCCGUUGGUGCCCGCCCGAGUUCCUCCCGAUCCAACCUCGGCCCCGAAGCAAACGACGAAUCCGAGAGGCAAGGUCUACUUCACAAUGUCGACGAUGUCACUGCCCGCGAAAGUGCCGGGCCUAGACCCCAUGGAUACCAGCCUCCUACGGUCGAAUCAGUCCGAGAUAGCCUGGAUGGCCUCGACUCCCCAGGCGCCGACUCCGAAAGGGGCUCGCUCGAAGAGUUGCAGCGGGAAUUACAUGAGAUGGACGUGGAGGACGGCGAUCAGCAAUCGUCUCAACGCUCUCGCUUGUUAAGUUCUCGAUUCUCGAAGCGGUUCAGUAGUCUGACGCGAUCCCUAUCUGCCAUUCAUCUUCCUAUACGCCGAUAUCUACCGAGUUUCCGCUUCACCAUUGAUCUUAAUGACACUCGAACAAACUUGAGAACACACGGAUGUAUGAUCAUGCUGCGGUUAUUCGGGCUAUUCUUAGUGGUUUCAGUUGUCUACAUCUUCUUCGUGUCGGAUAUUUUCAGCAUGAACUCGCGAUUUAUCAUGGGCCAAUCUUAUAGUGCGGCAUCUGUGGAGAAUUUCGUCCAGGGCCACGUUAAUGAAACAAAUAUCGCGGAGAAUUUGAGGAGAGUCACCAACUUUACUCAUAUGGCCGGUACCGAAGGAAGUUAUGCGUUGGCGGAAUGGGUGAAGCAGGAGUUCAAGAUCGCAGGCUUGGAUGAGAUUGAAAUGGAGGAAUUCCAAGUGUACCUGAAUUACCCCAGAGAUGACGGAAGAAGAGUCGCUAUUGUUGACCCUCCUGAUCUCGCCUGGGAGGCUACACUCGAAGAAAAGAACGGGGAAACGCCCGUGUUCCACGGGCAUUCAAAAACUGGAAAUGUCACUGGCCCUAUCAUUUACGCCAAUUAUGGUUCUCGGGAAGACUUUCGAUACCUCGCUGAUCAAGGCGUCACCUUAGAAGGCUCUAUAGCCCUCGUGAGGUAUUACGGGUCGGAGUCCGAUCGAGCUUUGAAGAUCAAAGCUGCUGAACUGGCCGGCGCGGUGGGGUGCAUCAUCUACUCAGAUCCCUCUGAGGAUGGCUUCGUCCGAGGGCCAGCCUAUCCGGAUGGACGCUUUAUGCCGGAAGACGGUGUUCAGAGAGGUGGCGUAAGCUUGAUGUCAUGGGUGGUGGGAGAUGUUCUCUCCCCAGGUUUUGCGUCCACACCGGACGAAAAGAAAAGACUUAAGCCAGAGGAAAGCCCAGGAUUGACCAGCAUCCCUAGCUUACCCAUCGCCUGGCGCGAUGCCCAGAGGCUUUUGCAGGUUAUCAAGGGCCAUGGCUCCCAGGUGCCUGACAAAUGGGUUGGUGGCGUUCCCAAUGUGGACCAAUGGUGGACCGGAGACGGAACGUCCCCCAAAGUUAACCUCAUGAACUUACAAGACGAGGAGGAAAGGCAGCCUAUCUACAACGUGUUUGGGAGAAUCAUCGGUUUGGAACAACCGGAGAAGAAGAUCAUCGUCGGAAACCACCGUGAUUCAUGGUGUCUGGGAAGCGCCGAUCCGGGUAGUGGCACUGCUGUUUUCCUCGAGGUUGUGCGGGUCUUUGGCGAGCUCCGUACCUUUGGCUGGCGUCCGCUCCGUACUAUCGAAUUCGUCAGCUGGGAUGCAGAAGAAUAUAACCUGAUCGGGUCAACAGAGCAUGUGGAGAAGGAAUUGGACGCUCUUCGUGACCAUGCAUAUGCUUACAUGAAUGUCGAUGUUGGUGUUAGCGGUAAUGAAUUUGAAGCUUCGGGAUGCCCGCUUUUCGAACGUGUUGUGACGCAGAUUCUCGGACGCAUAUCGGACCCGGUCGCCAAUGAAACGCUGAAAGAAAUCUGGGAAAAGAAACAGAAAAAGCUCGGCCCGCUCGGGGCCGGUAGUGAUUAUGUGGCAUUCCAAGAUAUUGCUGGAACCUCCAGUGUGGACUUCGGAUUUGUUGGGGAGCCUUAUCCCUAUCACAGUUGCUAUGAGAACUGGGACUGGAUGGUACGGUUCGGAGAUCCCGAUUUCCAGUAUCACAAAAUUUUGGCUCAGUUCUGGGGAUUGCUCAUUCUUCAAUUUGCGGAUACUCCAGUCUUACCCUUUGAUUUAGAAGUGUAUGCCGAUCAUAUUGCUUCAUAUGUUAUUGAUCUGGAAAAAUAUGCCAAGUCCCAGAACGUCCCGAUUGCCCGUGACGCUUCCAAUGGCAAUAGCAACCGCGAGGUUACUGUCAAUUUCAAGCCUUUGUAUGAUGCUGCCGCCAAGGUCAAAGAUGAUGCAGCGCAGUUCCAGCAGUGGGCCCGUGUGUGGCACGACACAGUGUUAGGCACUGGAGGUUUCGAGAACAAUGUGAUUGCGGCUCAGCGGAUGGAUCAUAAUGCUCGAAUGGCUCGCUUCGAUACUCAUCUUUUAGACGAUAGGAUAGAUGGCGGCGUGCCUAAUCGUACGCAGUUCAAACAUGUCCUUUUCGGGCCUGAGCUAUGGUCCGGAUAUGAUGCAACAUUUUUCCCUGCCAUUCGAGACAGCAUCGAUUCGCGCAAUUGGACACUGACCCAGGAAUGGGUUGACCGGGUUUCCGACAUCCUACGCACUGCAGGUGAUAAACUCCUGCAUGGCUAAUCUUGCAGCAUGCCUACCCUUUUUACCUCCCAUUUUAUCAACACUCUUCGAUCCCCGAUAUUCUCGCCUCAUCAUUCGAUACGAUCGUCCACUGAAAUUCCUACCGCAUCUAAAACACUACUUAGACUUCCUCCCGCUUGUUUCAGCGCCUAUUGUAUAUGUCUACCUGUGUUCUUGUCCUAUUUGUUUGUUAGCCUCUGUGGAGAAAUGUGGCUCGAGGAGCCAUUGUAUCAUCCACCAUCUCUCUACUGACCUUCAUUAGAAGAUCUCUUGUUGGGUCUAGUGAUACGUCCGGUAGGCAUUUUGCUCCUUUCCGCACUAUAUAUCCACUUAUCCUUGCAUAACUUCUCCCUUUGUUAUUAUCUUACUGUAUGUAUCUUUCUGGUCUGAUGGGUGACCACUCAAUUAUCCCAUCUGGUGUUUAUCUACCGGCGACAAGUCAGACUUGUCCCUGACUCGGAGCAGAGGAGUAGUGGGUUCAGGAUCAAUAAAUGUUCAAUUUCCCUCAACA